GAUGACAGUCAUGCAGAAGGUUAUAUGGUCUCUAUUGCUCUGGCCCUGUCUGCAAACCGUCAGCAUCCCACUAGACUGUAGGGAGGAUCAGGGCAGUCUCCUCCGCUGCCCCUCCAUCUCCCAAGAGAAGCUUCUAGACCGAGUCAUCCAACAUGCCGAGCUCAUCUACCGUGUCUCAGAAGAAUCAUGCUCUAUGUUUGAAGAGAUGUUCAUCCCGUUCGAGUUGCAGCUCCAGAGGAACCAAGCAGGCUAUGCAUGCAUCACCAAAGCCUUACCCAUCCCCAGCUCCAGGAGUGAAAUCCAACUGAUCUCUGACAAAUGGUUGCUCCACUCUGUGUUGAUGCUGGUUCAGUCGUGGAUCGAGCCUUUGGUCUACCUGCAGACCUCACUGAAUCUCUACGACGUGGCUCCUGACACACUGCUUAACAAGACCAAGUGGGUGUCUGAGAAGCUGAUCAGUCUGGAGCAAGGGGUGGUGGUCCUCAUCAAGAAGAUGUUGGAUGAGGGGCUGCUAACCACAAACAACAGUGAGCAAGGACUUUUCCAGUACGACGCUCAGCCAGAGAUGCUGGAAUCCGUGAUGAGAGACUAUACCUUACUCAGCUGCUUCAAGAAAGACGCCCAUAAGAUGGAGACCUUCCUCAAGCUCCUCAAGUGUCGACAAACAGACAAAUACAACUGUGCAUAA